AGACAAGACUAUAGGAAUCACCAAUCAUAUACCAAAAUCUAAGUACAUCUCUUAUUUCUCUCUAAUCAAUAUGGCUCAGGAAGAUGUGAAGCUCUUGGGGGUUGUGGGAAGCCCGUUUGUUUGCAGGGUUCAGAUUGCUCUAAAAUUGAAGGGAGUUGAAUACAAAUUUGUAACACAAGAUUUGCAGAACAAGAGUGAAGAACUCCUAAAAUACAACCCAAUUCACAAGAAGGUGCCAGUGCUUGUUCACAAUGAGAGGCCCAUAAAUGAGUCCCUUGUGAUUGUUGAGUACAUCGAUGAAGCUUGGAAGGGCAAAUCCAUUUUGCCCGCCGAUCCUUACCAGAGAGCCUUGGCACGUUUCUGGGCCAAGUUCAUAGAUGACAAGGUGUUCGGUGCUGCAUGGAAAUCUGUUUUCACCGUUAACGAGGAAGAACGUGAGAAGAACGUUAAAGAAACACACGAGGGUCUUCAGUUUCUUGAAGAUGAGCUUAAAGGCAAGUUUUUUGGAGGAGAGGAAUAUGGCCUUGUGGACAUUGCCGCUGUAAACAUUGCGUUUUGGGUGCCUCUGGUUCAAGAAGUUGCAGGUCUUCAACUGUUCACUAAUGACAAGUUUCCCAAACUCUACAAAUGGAGUCAAGAAUUUCUGAGUCAACCAACUAUCAAAGAGUGUUUGCCUCCUAGAGACCCAAUUUUUUCCUUCUUCAAAGCUCGCUACGAAAGCCUUCUUGCUUCAGCAAAAUAGAUUUCAUACUAGAGAGGGGGUUGAAUGAAUGUUGGAGUUUCUUGUGUGGUCGUGUUCACGUGGAGUUUCUUGUAAACCUCGGAUUCCUCCCUGUUAGAGAAAUCCUAGGAUCUUCUCGGUUAAUAAAAGAGUUUGUUAAUCAUAAUUUUCUUUCCUCA